GACCUCACACAUCAGCUGGUCAAAACAUUUUCGCAAGUGCAGUUUUCUAUUUUAUUUACUUAAAUAUUGUUCAUAAAACUGCCAAUUAAUCAUGGAAAUUCCGGAUACCUACUACAGCAAAGAUGAAUACGUGGAGACGGCUUCGGGGAACAAAGUUAGUCGCCACACGGUGCUCUGUGGAUCCCAAAACAUCAUUUUGAACGGCAAGGUGAUCGUACAGAGCGGCGCCAUCAUUCGCGGCGAUCUGGCCAAUGUCCGGACAGGAAGAUAUUGUGUGAUUGGCAAGAACUCCGUCAUCCGACCGCCGUACAAACAAUUCAGCAAGGGAAUCGCCUUCUUUCCCAUGCACGUCGGUGAACAUGUUUUCGUGGGCGAAGGGGCCGUCGUCUCGGCGGGCACCAUCGGAUCCUAUGUGUACAUCGGCAAGAAUGCCAUUAUCGGCCGUCGCUGUGUUUUGAAGGACUGCUGUGUGAUUGAGGAUGGUGCUGUCCUGCCGCCAGAAACUACCGUGUCCAGCUACAUGCGUUACACGGCGAGGGGAACCAUCGAGGGUGGCCAAGGCAAUCCGUACUUUGUGCCCGCCGCCAUGCAGGACGAGAUGAUCAACUACACUAAGUCAUUCUACGAGCAUUUCGUGAGGGCUCCAGCACCAGCCAGCUGAAAAUCAUAGAUAUUAAUCCACCAGGUGUCUACCAAUUCCAUUGAGUAACCACGGCGCCAGCCCGACAGAAAACAUUAUUUAUGAAAUAAACAUUAAAUUAGUUAUUCUAUAA